AUGACCAAGAUGCUGGCGGUUCCGCCGCAGAAAGGCGUGUUCUUUAGGCAUGGUCAUGAGGCAAUGGAUAAGCCUCCGUGGGGCUUCACUCUGCUUUGUCGUACCUCGUAUGCUAAGCGGAAGGCGCCGUUGGUGUCCACGAAGCGCGAGGUAGAGUGUCUCUUGGGUGGUUCGUCCAAACAUGGUGCUCAAGCGAGGGCGCAGCGUGAGGAGCGCAGGCGGCGUAGCGUGCAGCGUCGGCAGGCCAGUGCGGCUCUGUUGGCGAGGCAAAGGAUUUCCCAUACACUUUGA